AUGGAUGCAAAAGUUGCUAGCCUACCUCCCGCAGUGAGAGCUCUGCUCAUGGAGAACAUUGGAAUCAUUCAAAUAGUGUCAAUGUAUUCCAUCGGAGCCUACGGUGCACUGGAAACCGGCUUGUUCACAUUCCACUUCUUCAGAAAAUAUCGUGGUUUAUAUUUUUGGAGUAUGCAAGCCGCCUCCUGGGGAAUCCUUGUGCAUGCUCUUCCGGCCAUGGCUCGAUUCAUUUCCCAGUCUUCCAACCUGCCGACAUCAAUCCCAUUUGUACUUGGAUGGUAUGCCAUGGUGACUGGCCAAGCUGUUGUUCUCUAUUCACGACUACAUUAUUUUUCGUCCACCACAUGUAAAGUCCGAUGGAUCUUGUGGAUGAUUAUUGUCAACGCUUUCAUUCUUCAUGUCCCAAUGACAGUGUUGUUCUUCGGCCUCAGCAACGGAGUGAUAGGUUUCGCUCGUCCUGCUGCAACUUUUGAUCGGAUCCAGUUGACUGGUUUCUGCAUUCAAGAUAUCGUCAUCAGCAGUAUUUACAUAUAUCACACAGUUUUGUUGUUGAAAAGUAGCCGUGAGCUACACAGAUCUGGGGGCCGCAAAGUGCUCGUCAAUUUAAUUUGUGUCAACAUCAUUGUUGUGCUCAUGAACAUUUUGCUCCUCGUCACGGAAUUCAAGCUCCACUACAUCCAAGUCAGCUUCAAGACGGUGGCUUACAGUAUCAAGCUGAAACUGGAGUUCUCUGUGUUAAAUGAUUUCCGUUCUUUUUUUUCCAAGUCAAUCUACCUUGACACUUCAGAGAUGAAAAUUCAGUCUCACCAAGAUGAUACGAGUUCAUCCAACGUGAGAUUGAAUCAUUCAAAUGCCACGUCGGGUGAGGUACGACACGUGCCUCAAAGAUCGAGCGGGGCUCAGGCACAGCUACAGUAUAAUGAUUCGCUGCAUGAGGCACGAGAUAAUAGCCACCAGUCAGUGGAUGUCAUUUCACCCCCACCCAGUCUCUCAGACGAUAACUCGGAGCAAAAAUUCGAUGACUGGCCGGGGUUUUCGGGCGACCUCGAGCUGUCAUUAUCCCAAAUUUCGGCAAAGUCUGAUAUAUGA